AUGGCAGAGCAGACUGAGCAUAUCGAGCAGCGUGAACAGACCACAAGGCCCAAAGAGGGAAGCAAAACACUCGUACCGAUCAUGCCGGAGUUGAAGAAGCCCAUUGUCAUCUACGUUUUAGGACCACCAGGUGCCGGAAAGGGAACAUUGUGCAAGAAGAUCCAGCAAAAAUAUGACAUCAAACACAUUUCGAUCGGCGACUGGCUGCGUGCUGAGGUUGCUAAACAGACCGACACAGGAAAUCUCGUUAAAAUAUAUGUCAAGCGAGGCGACCUUGUUCCGGACCAAAUCAUCAAGAAUAUUCUCAGUGAAGAGUUCUUUGCGCCAAAGCCGAUAAACGAGGUGUGUCCCGCCCUGCUCAUCGAUGGAUUCCCAAGAAAGGUCACUCAAAUCCCGGACUUUGACGAAAUCGAGCCGGCCAUUGUUUUGUUCUUUGAUUGCCAGGGGCAUGUCGCACGCAACAGAGUCCUAACCCGCAUCGACGGUAGCAGAACCCGAGAUACAUCAGAUGUGUUUGCCAAGCGAUAUGCCGAAUUCGAGAAAGAGAAUCCAGCAGUCCUGGACCAUUUUGUAAAGGCUGGAAAGGAAGUUGUCAAGAUCGAUACCAGUGGAGACACAAAGAAGUCUUGGAACGGUUUGACGGAGCAGUUGGACAGAUCGACCGCUUGGAAAGAGAUGCUGGCGAAAUUGGAGGCGGAUUUCGAAACGGUGGUGUCAUACGAUAGUCCAACGGCUGAGGCUGAAACUCAGGUUGAGAUGCGGCCAUGGUUUGGAUAG